CGACAAUUGAGCGGAACAAAGCCAGCGUGCAAGUUUACUGGGAUGACGUGCCGGCGGGAUACUUAGUUGCUUAAUGCCUUUGAAUGUAUCCUUUGAGGAGGGUAAACGACGCAGUGCACUGGUUCAUGAGCGACCUGACGUCCCGAGUAGUCGCGGCGUCGGGCGACCCGGCAGACCGGUACCACCUUGGCAAGAUCCUGCUGCAGAGCCUUAAGGAUGCUCCGGACUUUGUCAUGCAGAUCGACGGAGCGACAGGCGAAUCCGAAACCAGCGGUUCAGCCCUCGAUAGAACUGUGCGUUGCGCCAUAGCCCUCAAGAACCUCGGUCUUCAACCUGGAGAUGUUAUGGUCCUUAUGGCUCCAAGUUACAUCGACUUGGCUAUACCGUUUUAUGCGGCUUUUUAUAUAGGAUUAGUGGCGUCGGCUAUUGACCGAACUUUGGGUGUCACUGAACUCCAAAGCACCUUCGAAGUAUCCCGACCAAAGAUAAUCUUCUGCCAGAGCGACCGAGCCCAAGACAUACAGAUAGCUCUGAACGCGAUAGAGUGUGAUGCUUUCAUUGUUACCUUCGACAAGGCAGACUAUAUCUGCAGCUUCUCACAGUUCUUGGUGAAGUAUGGAGAUGACAGCCCUGUUGAGGCUUUCAAGCCCACAGAUUUCGAUCCUGAAGACACCGUGGCUCUUCUAGUUGCCACCAGCGGCACCACCGGACUGCCAAAAUUUGCCGCCGCCACUCACAAGAACAUGGCCAUCACUUUGCCUUAUCUAUGGAUCCGUCACACCCAGUUCCCUCACCCCACGAAGAUGAUAAUGAUCGGCUCACCACUCCAAUGGCUGACUGCCAUCAUGAACUUCUUUAUGUCACCGGUCCUUCGGUACACGAGGCUGCAGACAUCAGAAAACUUGACGAAGGAACAUGCUUAUGAGCUCAUUAAUACUUAUAAGCCUACCAUCACGCUUCUCAGUCCAACCUUUAUGAAUGCGCUCAUAACACCUGGGGAACACGAGCAGUGUGAUUUCAGCUGCCUUGAAACUCUGAUGCUGGGCGGCAGCGCUUUACCAGCUGACUUGGUUACAGAUAUCAAGAAAAUAAUGCCCCGCACAGAAGUUCUAAAUGUGUACGGCCUGAGUGAGCUCACGACAGUAGCGUUCGUAGACGAUGGGGCAAACCCGCCUGGUUCCGUUCCGGCUGGAAAGCCUAUUGGCUGUUUGCAGUACAGGCUGAUAGAUGUGGAGACUCAAGAAGACAUCUACGAACCUCACAGAAACGGGGAGCUCUGGCUCAAAGGUCCCGGCAUCAUCAAGUAUUACUACAAGAACCCUGAAGCCACCGCGGAGACCUUCGCCGAAGACCGGUGGUUCAAAACUGGAGACCUGUUCUACAGGGAUGAGAACUACAACUUCUUCUUCGUGGAGAGGAUUAAGUUGCUGCUUAAGUAUAUGAGUCAUCAGAUCUCUCCAGUAGAACUGGAGCUCACAAUCCGCCAGCAUCCAGGCAUUCUAGAUGUAGCAGUGACCGGUAUACCGGACGCCAAAGGGGACUUACCGGUCGCUUGCGUCGUGAGGCGUCCCGGCUCUGACGUCACUGCUGAAGAUGUCAAACGGAUUGUCAAAAAUAACCUAACGGACUCAAAACAACUGAGAGGAGGAGUCAUCUUCCUGGAUAAAAUACCACAAACUGCAUCCACGAAGGUUCACAGAAGAAAACUCAAGGAAAUAGCAAUGGAAACGCAAGCCGAAUAAACAUCAAAAACGUUGUAUUAUCUACAGAAAUUAGGUUUUUUGCAAUUUCGACUACAACAGUUGUUGAAAUUGAACGCUUCAAUAUCGUCACUAAAGUGGAUAGCAAAGAGGAUCGAUUAUUACCUAUAGAGAGUUUCUGUCGAAUUAAAAUGUGUAAUCACAGUGCAUAGACUGCCAUCUCUUGACACAGGCUUAAAACUUUUGAACCUCAGUUUUGACAAUUUGGCCCAUAUUCUUAGCUUGAUAUGUGUUAAAAUGUCAAAU